GUCACCAGGCAGGACAGGCUGGUGCAGGCAUGGAGGGUGACAGGCAGAGGACAACCCCCCCUGUGCCCCCCCAGGGCCAGCCCCAGGGGGAACCCCUGCAGCUCUUGCUGCACUGCAGCCGGGAAGCCAAAAAAUGUGCCUAUUGCCCCUACAGCCGCUUCCCGGUGGGAGCCGCGCUGCUCACCGCUGGAGGGGAGAUCUUCUCUGGGUGCAACGUGGAGAACGCCUGCUACAGCCUGGGGGUGUGUGCCGAGCGUACUGCCAUCCAGAAAGCCAUCUCGGAGGGCCACACCAGCUUCAGGGCCAUGGCCAUUGCCAGUGACAUGGGGGACUUCAUCACACCCUGUGGCGCCUGCAGACAAGUGAUGAGAGAGUUUGGCACGGACUGGGAUGUCUACCUGACCAAAGCAGAUGGCACCUACAUUGUCAAGAGGCUGGAAGAGCUGCUACCACUUUCUUUUGGCCCUGAAGACCUGAAAAAGGUGUGAGCAGCUUGGCCACCACCCACCUUUGCCCUUCAGCAGCAGGGGAGGACAGUUUUCCCCAAUUUCCCCGGCGUGUAAGUGGCUUUUUUGGGGACAAUGCAAUGGGAAAUGUGUUUGUAGACUUCAAGGAACCCUUCCCCUCAUUUAUCUUCUGAUUCAGUGUUGAUUUCACAGAUGCCAGCCCUGACUCACACCUGGGUAAAUGGAGAAAGUAAAUAUUAGGAAUUCCUUGUUAUUGGGGGGGGGAAAGUGGCCAGAUACUGCUGUUGUCCAGGGGGAUGUUCACAACUGGAGAAGGGUUUGAUGCAAGGCUGAAGCUCAGGCUUGUUGGUACAGAAAUCACUCCUGAAUCCUGCAGAAUUGUUGCUUGGGAAAAUAUUGAAUUCUUCAGCUGGAAAUGAGAAGGGAAAAGGAAAAUCUCCAUGCACUCCAGCAUUAAGUAAUCAGCCAGUUCAGACGAGGUGAUUUGCUGGAGCUGGAUGGUUAUCACGCCGAGUGUGUCCUUUGCUUGUUUCUCUCCAGUUUCUUUUUCUCUGCUUUUUUUCCCCCCCCCCCCC